CGAACUCAGACCUCACGGCUGGUGCUUUGGCAGUCGUGUCUGGCGAGUUUUGGGACUAGGCGGAACUUGUGCUUCAGAGCAACUUCAGAGAAGAAGGCACGCAGAGCAUUCUCUUCUCCGUUUCCGCACUUCUUAUGGAGUAUACAGUCCGUCUACUCUCUCUUCGGCGGAGACUUCGAGCUACCUCACAAUACUACGGCCUUUGAGAGGAUUGCCAGUGUUGUUCAAUCACUCUAACGCUGCACCAACGCAUACUACUGUAUGCACGACCGGAUGUUUGAUUCGUAUAAAAAGCAACUGUAAUGCAUCAUUCCACGCAUUUGCCUUCCUCCGACCGUGCAGCUUGCAUUCCCCACGUCAAGAAUAGCCCCAUUGGAGCAGGGGCGACGAUGGCAGCCUGUAUGCCCCAAAUCUGGCUCAACAAUACUGAUUUUUGGCGAUCGGGGGCUAAUGGUCUGGGCAAAGUAUACGGCGACACCAAAACAUGCGGCAAUAUUGGGUGAGAAUUUUUGACGACGACGGCGGACGAGCAAAGUCGCGGCGCGGUAAACCAAGAAAGGCAGCAGCACGGGUCCUGGAAAGGAAAGACGACGUCAUCGCUGUCCCGAUCGGUUGCCCCGCACUGCCAGUUGUUCCGCUAUGUUUCGGUUCAAGCAUCUCUACUGUCGAAGACAGGCAUUGUUUUCUGCAUGUUUACCAGCCCACGG